UGCAUAAAAUCGGUAUUUCAAGGUAUUUCUGCCCAUAUUGACUCUGGCAAGACAACUGUGACCGAGCGUAUUCUUUUCUAUGCUGGCCGUAUCGACUCUAUGCACGAGGUUCGUGGUAAAGAUGAUGUGGGCGCAACUAUGGACUUUAUGGAAUUGGAAAGGCAGCGAGGAAUCACGAUUCAGUCUGCUGCGACUUACGUAGAUUGGCAUGGAACUAACAUCAACAUUAUCGACACACCAGGUUUGGCAUGUUUUAUCAUCCUUUUCUUCCUCUUAAGCCAAAUUUUUUAUAAUUCCUUCGCUAUGAAGAACUUCAGCAAUUGCAUAACCUACAAGCAUUUCGUUCCAGUCAUGUCGACUUUACUGUCGAAGUGGAAAGAGCAUUACGGGUACUUGAUGGUGCUGUGCUAG